AUUGUUGUUAGCCAGAUCCAAACCAAACAGCUUCUGCAUCCUUCAUCCGGAGCUAUGGAAGCAGCUUUGGUAGGUGCCGCGUCUCGCUUCAUGGUCGAUAAGGUGGCAGUUCUCCUCAAACUCGACGAGAAACUCAAGACCAUAACUGGUACCAAAAGGAAGAUGGAGAAGCUCAAGGAGCUGGCCCCGAUGAUUGACACGGUGAUCCAACACAUCGAGUCCCGCCCUUUGAUGGAAGAUACUGUGAAGGAGUUGCUGAAGAAGCUCAAAUACUUGGCCUACGAUCUCGAGGAUGUUGUGGAUUACUAUGACACCAAAGUCUUCCAGAAGAAGCAGAGAUCAAAAGCUUUUUUAAGGCCGGUGAGUGAUUUCUUCUCCGCUGAUAAUCAAGUUGCGUUUAAGAGUAGGGUAGGUGGUAUGAUAAAAGCAAUAACAGAAAGUCUGGAUUCUAUUUUGCUGCAAAAGUCCAUUCUUUCCAAUUUGCUACAAGGCAGUAGCCCCAUGUCGGAACCAAGUCUCAACAACAGAGAGACCCACUCCCGCAAUAGCUUUGUUGUUAUAGGGAGAGAACCAGAGAAGAAUAAGAUUGUCGACAUGUUAACAAACGAUGAUGAUGAUGAUGAAAGCCACCAUGGCACAGUGAAGGUCAUUGCCAUCGUUGGGAUGGGUGGCCUAGGGAAGACUACACUUGCUCAGCAUGUUUACAAUGAUGCGAGAGUGCAAGACCAUUUUGCAAGUCCAACAAUGUGGAAAGUCGUCGGGGCUGAAUUUGAUCCCACAGAGAUAAUGAAGGCCGUUUUACAACUGGCUACUGGAGGUUCAUCAGUCAACAUCUCAGAAAUAGAUUUAGUGAAGCGGAAGCUAGAAGAAGAAUUGUCUGGGAAGAGAUUUCUGCUCGUGCUGGAUGAUGUAUGGAAUGAAGAUGCAUUAAAGUGGGGUGUGCUGAAAGCAGCCUUAACAUGUGGGGCGAGAGGAAGCAAAAUUUUGGUGACAACCCGUAGCCAACGGGUCUCUUCACUUAUGAGCUCAUCCAAGACCACUCACCAACUACAACAGUUGUCCAGAGAUGACUGUCUGUCCUUGUUUCAACGAUUUGCAUUUGGAGAUCAAGCAGUGGAUCAAAACUUAAUGGCAAUUGGUGCAAAGGUUGUUGAGAAAUGUGGCGGUGUUCCCUUGGCUGCCAUAUCUCUCGGUAGCAUGCUCCGUAGCACUCGAGAAGAAAAUUACUGGUCCUCGGUAUUGAACAGUGAAAUAUGGAAGUUGGGAAAUCAGGAAGAUAAAGUGUUAGCUGUAUUAAAGUUGAGCUAUGACGCUCUCCCUCUACGGUCAAAGAAGUGUUUUGCAUUUGCUUCCCUAUUCUCAAAAGAUGUUAAGAUGAAAAAGAAUGAACUGAUAAAACUGUGGAUAGCAAAUGGUUUCGUACGUUCAGAAGGAAAUUUUGAUGCUGAAACAGUGGGCGAGCAUGUCUUUGAUGAUCUUGUGCUGAGAUCAUUCUUUCUCUUGGUACCUUCUCAAUAUGUAACCGAGUGCACGAUGCAUGAUUUAAUGCAUGAUCUGGCACGAUCAGUCUCUGCAGAUGUAUAUUGGAAUUCCUAUCAAGACUCGGUGGAAAAUUUUGGAAACAGAACAUAUCAUUUGCAAAUAGAUCGAAGAAAGUUUCCAAACAUGACUCAGGACUUAGGCAAGAAACCUUUGUACUUGCGCACCUUUAUGCACAUAUAUACAUUUUCACAUUUGAGUAUCAAUCUGCUUGAACUCUUCUCAGAACUUAAACCAUUGCACUUGCGGGCGUUAGAUUUAACUCACGGUGGCAUCAGGGAGGUGCCGACGUCAAUAGGAAUUCUGAUACAUUUGAGGUACCUCAACUUAUCAUGGAAUGAUAUUGAAGUUCUACCAGACUCCAUAACUCUUUGUAAGAAGAAGAAU